AUGUCGUCUAAGAUUACCACUCCGUUUGGGGAAGCGGUUCCGCCUGCACCUCGGCACUCAGUCACAGUCCAUAUGGGUGGGUGGGACACGGUCGAGAAAUAUGGCACAGACUCCUCUGCUGUUAUCGCCCACUUCAAGAACGCGUAUCCUCGCAUGAGGCCUCAUCGAGACAUUGCCGACUCCGCCACGGAAUGCGUUGAUUUUUCAACAUCUGAAAAGAGAAGAGAUGAGCACGGUAAGAUGCCUGUGCCACAGGCGCAGAUAUCGAUUCGUGUGUUCAGAGCCAAAGACACCUUCUUUGCCGUAGUGUUCCCAGAAGCUUUCAGCAAGGUCGUGUUUGGGUUCUGGAGCACACCCGGGGCUGGUAUUUCUUCACGAUUCGCAGAGGUCAACCUUCGGCACAGAUAUGUUUUGGAAGAGAUAUCUGCCUCAGACACAAGUCCCCAGCACACUCGCUUGAUGUUCAAUGGCAGCGUCCAUAAAGCUCUCCGAGAGAGGAUUGUCUGGUACGUCAAUAGGGCGACUAGGACUUCAGAUCGCUCUGCCAAACCGUCAGCCCAAGACGUCUAUCUAUACCCGACGGGCAUGGCAUCCAUCUACAAGCCACACACCUACAUGCUUGACCUUUACCAGGGGACCACGGUGCUCUUUGGCAUGGCCUUUAUGAACACCUUGACUGCUUUUCAGGAGUAUGGCCCAGGACUUAAAUUCUUCGGCCAUGGCUCGGAUAAUGACCUCGACCAACUGGAGGAUUUCUUACGGGAUGAAUACGCCCACGGUCGCAAAGUCCAGGCCAUAUGGGCCGAGUUUCCUGCCAAUCCCCUUCUCGUCACUCCAGACAUAUCCCGACUCAGGGACCUGGCGGGCAAAUAUGAUGUUGUCCUUGCGAUUGACGAUACUAUUGGAAGCUGGGCCAACAUUGACAUCACUAGUUCCGCAGACAUUCUAGUCACAUCCCUAACGAAGUCAUUCAAUGGGUAUGCAGAUGCCAUUGCGGGUUCUGCAAUCCUCAACCCUGCAUCGGCAAAGUACGCCCAACUGAAGCCUUUGUUCGAUCGACACUACGUCCCAGAGCUUUACAAUGCCGACGCCAAAGCCAUUGAGCACAACAGCCGUGACUAUCUGCCCCGGACAGCCAAGCUCAAUGCGAAUGCACUCGCCAUCGUCCAGUAUCUCCAGGCCUGCGCGGAAGAUCCUGCCAGUGCUGUCCGCAGAGUUCACCACCCAUGGGCCAAUCCUUCACGGCGCCACUACGAGCGUGUCAUGCGACAGGACGCGGAAGACUUCACACCUGGCUACGGCUGCUUGUUCAGUGUUGAGUUAGAUAACAUGGACGCAACGCAGGCGUUCUACGAGGGCCUGAAUGUGCACAAGAGCGUCCAUUUGGGGGCGCCAUUUACACUUGCAUUUGCCUACACCAUGUGUACGUACAAGAAGGAUUUGGCAUGGGCUGCAGCAAACGGGUUGUUACCAACUCAAAUCAGGAUAAGCGCAGGGCUUGAGGAUACAGAAGUACUGCUUGAGGAUUUCAGAGUAGCUGUAGAGGCGGCAAAUCGGUAUAAGCAGCUUGCUGGCUUGUAG